AUGUAUUAUCUAUGUAUAUGCGUAAAUGAUACAAGGAAACGGCUAAUAUUGCCAUUCUAUGCUAUAACGAUUGUAAAACACUUAUCUAUCUAUCUAUCUAUCUAUCUAUCUAUCUAUCUAUCUAUCUAUCUAUCUAUCUCAUUCUUUUCCCUAUCUAUCUAUCUAUCUAUCUAUCUAUCUAUCUAUCUAUCUAUCUAUCCCAUUGUGUCACUUAUCUAUCUAUCUAUCUAUCUAUCUAUCUAUCUAUCUAUCUAUCUAUCUAUCUAUCCCUCUUUUUGUUCUCAGUUUUCUCGUUCUCUCUCCUGUUUCCAGCUUUUUUUCUUAUUCUCUCUCACUUUAUUUCUCUCCUGUCCGCUCUUGUUUCCUUUCUCCUCAUAUUAUCACAUUCCUUCCCCACUAUCUCUCUCUAUCUCUCUCCCCCUCUCUCUCCCCCUCUCUCUCUCUAUCUAUCUAUCUAUCUAUCUAUCUAUCUAUCUAUCUAUCUCAUUCUGUUCAGAUCUAUCUAUCUAUCUAUCUAUCUAUCUAUCUAUCUAUCUAUCUAUCUAUCUAUGUCCGUCUGUUCAUAUCUAUCUAUCUAUCUAUCUAUCUAUCUAUCUAUCUAUCUAUCUCAUUCUGUUCAGAUCUAUCUAUCUGUCUAUCUAUCUAUCUAUCUAUCUAUCUCUUUAUCAAUUUCCUCAUGUUAUCGGUUUUCUCUCUCAUUCUAUCGCUUUUUCUUAUCUUUCCCUCCCGUUGUUUUCUCUUUUAUUUUCCUUUAUCUUUGGUUAUUCUCUCUCUCUCUCUCUCUCUCUCUCUCUCUUUAUCAAUUGCUUUGUGUUAUCGUUUUUCUCUCUCAUUCUAUGGCUUUUUUUUAUCUUUCUCUCCCGUUGUUCUCUCUUUCGCUUUCUCUUUAUCUCUUCUUAUUUCUCGCUCUUCCCCAUGUUUCUUUCCCCUCUCUCUCUCUCCCUCUCUCUUUGUUCUCUUUCCUCUUCCUCGCUUUCUUUCUCUCUGUUUAUCUUCAUUUUUACAAAUGUUUCUUUUCUCUACUUUCUCUCUCAUCUAAUAUCAAAUUAUUCCACUGAAUCCUUUAUUAAUGCUAGGAAACCGUAUCGUCUGCUCAUCUGUUUUCUUUCAAUUUACCUCCCUAUUUUCAUUUUUAUUUUCUAA